AUGAUUGCAGCAGUUUCUCGGAUCUGCUGUCAACAAUAUAUCAAACAGUUCACAAGUAUCUAUCGAAAUUUGGCAUCAGCAUCCUCAUCAACUAAUGCUCAGUGUGCCCAGCCACUGUACCUCAAUGGCCGGUAUGAAAGUCCUUGGAGGACAUGGGAAAUGCCAUCAUUUAGUACUCUAGGGAAGGUGUUACAGGAGAAGGACAAUAGUUCUAUACCCAGCCAACAGGAAUUGGACAAAACACUGCCAGUACUAACACCAAACAAGGCACUCUUGGCUAAUCCUCCAGCCACUGGUAUCCAGGCAACAUGGCUUGGACAUGCGAGUCUCCUGAUUCAGAUGAAUGGUAUCAAUAUACUGACUGAUCCUGUAUUCGGGGAUACCACUUUUCCUAUUCCAAGCAUUUCACCAAGCAGCUUUAAAAGAUACCGUCCGGUUGCCAUGACAAUAAGAGACCUUCCUCCUAUACAUGCUGUUUUAAUUAGUCAUAACCACUAUGACCAUCUUGAUUACCCAUCUGUUGUUGGAUUAAAUCGAAGGUUUGGGCAUACCCUGCGUUGGUUGACACCAAUGGGACUUAAGUCUUGGUUUAAAGACAGUGGUUGUGACAAUGUCCGGGAGUUUACCUGGUGGGAGGAGGAGUUGUCUCCCCUAGGAGAUGGAACAACCUUCACCUUUGUUCCUUCACAGCAUUGGUGUAGGAGGGGAAUUAAAGAUUUCAAUAAAGUAUUGUGGGGUGGAUGGGUCCUGAGGAAGGGAGACACCAGUUUUUACUUUGUUGGAGACACUGCUUAUUGUGAUGUUUUCUCACAAAUUGGUCAUCUGUAUGGUCCAUUUACCCUGGCAGCUAUUCCUAUAGGAGCCUACGAACCAAGGUGGUUUAUGAAAAUGAGUCACAUCAAUCCAGAGGAGGCAGUUGGAGUACACAAGAUGAUACGAUCUGAGAACUCUAUAGGCAUACAUUGGGGAACCUUCAAACUGACCACAGAGUUCUACCUGGAGCCCAGAGACAAAUUGAAAGAAGAGUUAGAGAGAGAGAAUAUAUCUUUGGAUCAGUUUACAACUAUGUCACAUGGAGAAACGAGACAUUUUACCAAUCAUUUGUCCUGAUGAAGGUGCAGGUUAUAGGACAGAUGUAUUCUUGGGUAAUUGAUAUGACUGUGAGAACAACAAAGCUUCCAAAAUGUAUGAGAAUCAAAAGUCAUCAUCUUUUUCAUGUCAUAGGUUGUAUGACAAAGGCAAACAUGUCAUGAAAAGUAAAAGUUUCCUCAAGGUUCAAAAGUAAAAGUCAUUGUCAUGUUACCAUGACACAGAUUGUAUGACAAAGGCAGAUAUGUUGAUGUCAUGAAAAUUCAAAGCUUCCUCAAGGUACAAAACCAAAAGUCAUUGUCAUGUUUAUCACGUCACAGAUCAUAGGACAAAGGCAGAUAUGUCAUGAAAACUAAAUACCUGAGUAUACAAAAUAUUUAACUGUUGUUAUCACUAAAGUGAUUAAGCUGAUGCCCUGAAUUGUUAAGAUGAUAUUGUUUUAUAUAACUUGAAUACAAGCAUCACUUUUAAGUUAAAGGUACAUACUUUGUCAAAGUGUCAAGGGAAUUUCCUUUCUAAAAGCUUAUAAGGUAGAGGCCAUAGAUUGUUCUGGUCACUUAUGAGUCAUAUGGUGUUCAAGAAUUAUAUUAUUAUGUAACACAGCUAAAACACUUUCCAUAAUAUACCGCAC